GAGACUGACUGGCAAUGGAAGAAGAGGAGGGGAUAAGAGAGUCCAGCAGCACUGCUUCUUGAAGAAAGCUCAUCAGAUGCACAGUUCUGCCUCCUCUGACUGACAUUCACGCAGGAGUCAGACUGGAUCUAUUUCUGCUGCGCUCCUCACCUUCAUGGAGCACGGGACUCGAGUCUGUAUGAUUAGGCCCUUCCAUUCCAGCAACAUGAGAGUCAUUCCAUCACGACUGAGUUAUCUAUUCCUUCACCUCUUUGCGUUUUGCUACUAUGCUCAGGUAACCAUUCAGUCCCCGCCUAAUUUUACACAGCAUGUGAGUGAGCAAAGUAAGGUGACGGACCGGGUCAGCCGUAGACUAAUCCGGACCUACCAGCUUUACAGUCGAACCAGCGGCAAGCACGUGCAAGUUCUGGCCAACAAGAAAAUCAACGCCAUGGCCGAAGAUGGUGACGCUCAUGAACGUUCCCCUCCUCUCCCGUCCAGCUCAGGAUGA